ACAACCUCACAGUCCUGAACUGGUUGAUAGGAAGACUAAAAAUGUUAAUAUUUGGAUUCCUUAUUUUGUUAUCUGGAUUUUCUAAUCUGAGAAGGAAUGCAGUGUAUGUGCUUGGAGCGUCAAAAGAUGAACAGAUAGUAAAUCAGAUUAAGUCCACGAACCAGGCCCUGGCGGAAAUCAAGGAACUGCUGAAACUACAGAUAGAGGAAAUUGUGUUUCUGAAGAACACAGUUAUGGAGUGUGAAGCCUGUGGUAUGCGUUCCGACUCAGAACCCAAACCUUCCUGUGAUCCCAAUCCCUGCCACCCAGGUGUUAAAUGCACUGAGACUGCUAAUGGUAUCAGAUGUGGCCCGUGUCCUGAGGGCAUGGAAGGGAAUGGCACCCACUGCACAGACAUCGAUGAGUGUAUUGUACAACCAUGCCAUAUGGGUGUAAGGUGCAUCAACACGUCUCCUGGUUUCCACUGUGGCCAGUGUCCUCCUGGCUAUGCAGGAUUCCAGGUGCAAGGAGUCGGACUUGACUAUGCAAUCAACAACAAACAGGUAUGCCGAGACAUAAAUGAGUGUGAGACUUCCAAUGGAGGCUGUGUGGAGAACUCCAUCUGUCUGAACAUACCGGGGUCUUUCCGCUGUGGUCACUGUAAGCCAGGCUUUGUAGGAAACCAGACACUCGGCUGUAAGCCCAAGAGGGCUUGCGGGAAUGGGCAGCCCAAUCCUUGUCACGCAAGCGCUGAUUGCAUCGUCCAUCGAGAUGGCAGUAUAGAGUGUGUUUGUGGAGUUGGCCUGGCUGGCAAUGGAUACCGGUGUGGAACAGAUACAGAUAUUGAUGGCUUCCCUGAUGAGAAAUUGGAGUGCCCUGAAAGAAACUGUGCCAAGGAUAACUGCCUCACCGUACCAAACUCUGGCCAGGAAGACGCUGAUGAUGAUGGUAUCGGGGAUGCAUGCGAAGAGGAUGCAGAUGGCGACGGGAUUCUUAACACAGAGGAUAACUGUGUCUACGUGCCAAAUGUGAAACAAAAAAACGUCGACCAAGAUGACUAUGGAGACGCUUGUGACAACUGCCCCCUGGUUAAAAACAAUGACCAAAAAGACACCGAUAGCGAUGGAAAGGGUGAUGAAUGCGAUGACGACAUUGAUGGCGAUGGCAUCAGAAAUGACCAGGACAACUGUAAGAAGGUUCCCAAUAUUGACCAGAUUGAUCGAGAUGGUGAUAACAUUGGUGACGCAUGUGACAGCUGUCCUUACGUUCGCAAUCCUGACCAGUCGGAUGCAGAUAACGACCUGAUUGGUGAUCCUUGUGAUACCAACAAAGACAGUGAUGGAGACGGUCAUCAGGACUCAAUAGAUAACUGUCCUGCAGUCAUCAACAGUGCUCAGCUAGACACAGACAAAGACGGCAUUGGGGAUGAGUGUGAUGAUGAUGAUGACAAUGAUGGAAUUCCUGAUCUUCUUCCUCCGGGACCAGAUAACUGCAGACUUAUCCCCAACCCAUUGCAGGAAGACUUAGAUGGUAAUGGAAUUGGAAACGUCUGUGAAAAGGACUUCGACAAUGAUACAUUUAUAGACGUGGUUGAUGUGUGCCCUGAGAACGCAGAGGUCACCCUGACUGAUUUCAAAGCUUACCAGACUGUCGUACUGGAUCCAGAAGGAGAUGCACAGAUCGACCCAAAUUGGGUAGUUCUCAAUCAGGGAAAAGAGAUUAUUCAAACGAUGAACAGUGACCCAGGACUAGCUGUCGGUUACACAGCAUUCAAUGGUGUGGACUUUGAAGGAACAUUUCACGUCAAUACGGUAACGGAUGAUGACUACGCUGGGUUUAUCUUCGGUUUUCAAGACAGCUCGAGUUUCUAUGUGGUCAUGUGGAAGCAGGUGGAGCAGAUCUACUGGCAGGCUAAUCCUUUUCGAGCUGUGGCCGAACCAGGAAUUCAGCUCAAGGCUGUGAAAUCGAACACAGGGCCAGGAGAGAACCUGCGCAACUCACUGUGGCACACGGGCGAUACUACCGAUCAGGUGAAGCUUCUGUGGAAGGAUCCAAGAAACGUCGGCUGGAAGGACAAGACUUCCUACCGUUGGUUCCUGCAGCACAGGCCGCACGAUGGGUACAUCAGGGUUCGAUUCUAUGAGGGUCCGAAGAUGGUUGCAGACACAGGGAUCAUUAUUGACACGACUAUGAGAGGCGGGCGACUAGGAGUAUUCUGCUUCUCACAGGAGAACAUCAUCUGGGCCAACCUACGCUACAGAUGCAAUGGUGAUUAGCA